UACAAGACCUAGUACAGACGAGGGUUUAUCUAUACUACCGGUAUAGCGUCGACCAUGAACAGAAUUCAUUGUACCAGAAUCCUUUUCUUGAGUUCAGGAACCUUGGUAGAAUAUUGCAAUUUGGUUGGCUCUACCUCCAGAUAGACCUCGUGACUACCUUGGUGGUUUUAGCUGAGUUUAGAACAGGCCAUCGGUCGCUCUUUCUACAUAUGCAGUUUGACGUACUAUUUAAUAGCCUUUCAACGUGCCUUCCUUAGGCUGUAAACAUUGAUUUAAAUACUAACAGGGCGUUGAUAGCCAAUUCUAUAGUGGGCUGAACCCCAUAAUAUAUAUAUGUAGCAUAUUAGUGAUCCCCUGCAUGACGGGUACUCUUACCGAACCCGGACAAUACAGUUCAUCGCGCCAAGUAGACGCCUAACUGAGGCCGCCCAUUGCUCAGCCUCACAUCCUCCGUUGAGUGCGAAGUAUUAAAACCGCCUUCGGACACUAGUCUCUUUCUGUACACUUCAUCGAACAUGUCUGAUCUAGAAGGCCUACCAGCAGACGUUAAAAGCCUGAUUGCCGCAGAGCUCCACGACAGCGAUUCGGUCAAGGCUUUACGGCAAGUUUCGAGGACAUGGCGCGCGGCGGCGGAGCCCGUUUUUUAUCGUGGUAUGCAGUGGGGUGUUGGAAGAAAUACAUCUUUAGUUCAUGAUGACUUGGAUCGAUUGUUGCCGGAUGAUGAUCUUACUAGCAAGGUCCUACGAUAUACUAGAUUCAUAAACUUCAAAGAACCAGAACAGUACCAAACUCGCAGUCGGUCUGUUAAACCAAUCCAGACACAAAUCUGGCCGCUUUCACCAGCCUAUGAUCUCAUUAAAUCCAGAACGCCCAUCUGGUACCGUGAUUGGGAUAAACGCCACCGCGGAAAUGUAGAACGAGGCCAGAUGAAAGGGGAACAAAUGCGUGCGCCAUUUAUAGCCUCUCUGGCUAGAUUUAAAUAUCUCACAGACGUUGUUCUCCAAUUUUCGGUGGGCAGCUCGACCGGUUUGAUAACCGCAAUUGAGAAACACCAUCCAAGAUGCCGCCUGCAUUUCCAGAGCCCCCAAUCCAUAAGAUUCUAUUCACAUACCAUAGGUUGGGAUGAACAUGCAAUAGUCAAGAGCAGCUGUCUGCAUAGUCUGGCUUUCACUCAUUCGUACUAUGCUGCUAGACCCAUAACGGAUCACGAAACGCUUGCUCCUUUGCGCAGUGGGCGACUCCCCCGAAAUUUGAAACACGUACGAAUAACGGGACAUAAUCCGUGGAAACAUAAUUUCAUGAAUGUAGCGCUACGAGGACAGCCUCGGGAAGAGUGGAGAGGAUUCAUUCCUGCCACAGACGACGAAGCACAGGCGGAAGAAGGCAAAGAUGAACGAAAGCCAAGACUAGAAAGUUUACGCAUCCUCGGAUACAAGCGCUCGAUUGAUAUUCCCAAGCUAGAGCUGUGGCAGGGGCUGGCAGACUUGUCGAACCUCAAGAGCUUGACUCUUACCACAAAAGACGAAGCGUUUCUUGCCCAUGUCGCGUCCAACAAUCCCUUCCCAAAACUCGAUGAGCUGAACAUUACCUUGGAACCAAUCGAGCAGGCAACAAGUGAUAGCUGGCAAUUAGCACUUGAGAACUUCUUUCAUAAUCUGCCUCCCUUGAGGUCGCUCGAUAUUUCCGGAGUAUUUCGAGAGCCGGAAUUGGACACUAUUGCCAAAGUACAUGGAGCGACGUUGCGAAGGCUGAAAUUCGAUCCACAAUGGAACCAAAACGACGACAGGGCGGAACCAUCUCCAAAGAUAACGGCGCAACUUCUGGAACGCUUGGCCUCUAAUUCGCCGAACCUAUCAGAAUUUACCCUGACAGUGAGGAGAACCAUGGGAGAUCAGGCAGAGGUCCUCUGUUACGAGGCUUUGGGUAUGCUGAAGAGAUUAAAGCACUUGACGCUGAACCUCGAUUGCAACAAUGGUGGAAGAUACACCCUGCUUCCAGAGAAGCACUGGAGUGAUUUUGACAAAGCGAUACAGCUACCCGAGGGGACUCCAAAACGCUACAAUGGUCACCUUAAAAUGGAAAUGGUGAAUUCAGCUUUGGAUGAGGAUCUGGUCAGGCAGAUCUGGGGUGUCAUCAAAGGGCACCACAGUCGUGACGGUCUUCAAACUCUCGUCAUCAAGACCUAUGGCGCAGGCGAAUCUUACUACCACUCUUCGACUGAUCUCAACGUGAUCAUCAACGAACUCUCGCGGAGUUACAAAGUUACUUCGAAGCCAGAUGGCACUGGUGGUCUACACAUUGUAGAGCUAUCAAAAACGCUCCGCGAACGGAAUCGAGCUCGGCAACAUAGGCAACCUCCAGAGGAAAAGUCUAAGCAGGAUAGUAGGAUAAGGCUUAAAGAAGGAAAAUUUCUAGUCUUCGAUAAUAUCUGGCCUUACAAUGAGGGUGAAGAUUUCCGAACAAAGUGGAAGAGUUGGCCACUGCAACGGGAACAAACAAUGAGGGAAAUGCUCACGCCACAUGAGCUCGAAGCUUAAUAACUGUCUAGCUAUCCCAGAAUAAUCUCCUGAAAAAAAAUGAGGGCGAUGAUGGGCUUGAUGACGACGUGUAGAUGCUGUAGAAUCCUAGAACAAAAUAGAUUAGCAAAUUGAAGGUUGUAGUUUGGGUGAUUCUGCACACAGCAACACAGGUAUAACAAUAGAGGCACCAAAAACAUAAUAGCGAAUAAUGCCUUGACACAAGCUUUGCAGUAAACAAAAACAGAUGAACCAAAUCGAGAAGUCGCCUAUU